AUGUCCUUUGUAGAUUUCUCCAGUGUAGAUUUUUCCGAUCCCUUCGACACAGAUUUCUCCGCUGGUAAAAUAGGCGUGUUCUGGGACGUGAAUGAUUUCCCAGUCCCCGAGGGUCGCGGGAUUCAUGAGAUUGUCGAAUCUGUUCUUAGGGGAAAUGAGUAUUCCGGUGACAUAUCGAUCACGGUUUAUGGAGAGAAGAAUCCUCUCUCGGCUGAAGAAGCCGCCAAGGGUGACAUCACAUUCGUACAGAAAAGUGAUAAAUAUUGGAGAGUUAACGAUAUGCUAUUGGAUAUUGCUAUGUGGGCGGUGAACAGCCCCUUUCCUCCUGAUAGCAACCCGGCAAAUGUGAUGAUCCUUGCAAGAAACAAGGAGAAAACCGAUUUCGUCAGUUUCCUUAAAAAUUUGAACAAUGCAAAUUUUAAUGUCUUAGUAGUAGUGCCGGAUGAUGUUAAACCAGAAGAGCUGAAUGUUCCAGCUGUUAACGUGGCAUGGUAUUGGAAGAGCAUACAAGAAGAUGGAAAGCCUAUACCCCAAGAGGAUUUUCAAGACCUUUUAGAUAAACAACGAGUUCAUUUACUCAGUCUUUAUGAAGACGAUGAAGACGAUGUUGCUGUUGCUCAAGGCGUUUGUGAUGAGUGUGCCCUACCGACUAGCUGA